ACGAGAUCUCCUUACUUACUCCACCAUGCCACCAAAGAAACCAAAGAAAGGCCAGGCCAAGUUCAAGCAAGCCACCCUGUUUGAAUUUUCAUCUUCACCGGCGCGUCCUCCUCUUCAGAAAUACAAAUCGAAGCGGCGUGUCAAAGACCAGGAAUUCGAACCGUCAGUUUCACCUACGAAACGCAAACGAGGACGCGUUACAGAGAAGGACGCGUCAGACGGAGGUGGUUCGGACUCAGACGUUGGGGGGAUAAAAUUUGAACCCAAACUGCAAAUUGAUGAAGCUGAGCCGUCUCCAGUGAAGCGAAGGCGAGUUGUAGUUGAAAGCGACGAUGAAGAUUCUUCUGGAUCCCCUGCUCUUGUAACGAACAAGUUGAACCUCAAAUCCAGAUCACUAAAAUCCAGCAAAGAGAAACGUCCAAGCAAACCACAGCCGGUCCAGCAAGAUUCAGGUUCAGGAUCCGACGUUCCAGUUGUUCGGCGUAGUAGAUUGCGCAGGGGCCCUCGCCCUUCGUCCCCACUUGAAGAAACAGAAGAGGAUGACGAGCUAGAGGAAGAACAUAUUCUGGAGUCGCGUUUACGUUCACGCCAUAGGAAAACGGCUUUUCAGCGCAACCUUGAAAAACUGAAACGAAAGAAACAGGGAAAGCCGAUGGAAUCAACAGACUCAGAGGAACAGGAGGAUGAGUCUGAGAAUGACGGUGACAGACCAUUCAAAGGCGCACAACCAGAAAGCGACCAUGAUAGCCUUUUCGAUGAAGAUUCAGACAAGUCGUCUGAUUUCAUCGUCGAAGAUGACGGGGACGGCGCCGCUCUACUACCCGCCGAGUUCAGGCCCCAACAAGAUCUUGCGCACCAAUUCAAGAUUGUUUUCCAGUUCUUCGUCCAUAUAGCUGUCCAUCCUGCCGUCGAGAGGCACGACUUCAUGAAACGUGCAAUGAAAGAUGAUUACUUUUCUGUAGCGCUAAUAUCUGCUCGGAGAAAACUUAUCGGCCUGAGAGAUUCUCUCGUUGCAUCGUCUGUAUGGCGCCCUGAAUUCAAGAAGUCGCUGGAGACGUUUCCGGAUCUUAACUUGUUCAAACUAGAUUUUGCUCUUCCCCAGUGCGACGCCUGCCAUUUGGGGGGUAGGCUAUCAACAUUGAGAGGACAGCUCGACGGCUCGCCUUAUGAUCCGUUGGGUUUCCAAAAUCUACCUGAUGAGCCGAAUGACAGCGAUGACGAGGACAAUGAGGAGCAGACACGCGAAUUUUACUUUGGACGCUUUUGCGCCAAACGCACGCGAGUAUAUCAUGAAAUAUCCCAUUGGGAGUACAAACUAUUCAAGUCCGUAGAGAACGAGGUUGACGAGCUCCACGUCCACAAGCAAUCCGACGGAUUUAUUCGCGUAGCAUAUGCAGGUGGAAAGAAGCCUCCUGAAGACCUUGAUGACGCUGAUGGAAUUUGUGAAUGGCUCGACGAGCGAAAGAUCAUUGAGAUUGAGUGGCAGAAGAUAAAGGAACUAAUGGAGCGAGCGAGGCAGUUGGAAUCUGGUGUGAAUGGAAACGACAGUGACUGAUGAUACGUGGUUACUUACUGUAUGGUAUAUGUUUACUUUAAUGCUGUAUAUGCUGGAUACCAUUCUCACUCUGG